AUGGUUUCCGUCCCUUCUGCUGUUGUUAGUCUGAUUCGCAAGACCGAGCCGGUAAACAUACGAGGCGGGGAUUUCUACAUUGAUUUCGAAUUCGUGUCACUAGGAGGUUUUCGAGAAGACGAUUUACUAAUUCAGAGAUUUCCUGUCGAAAUCGCAGUUCGCCGCCUGCUUGGACAGGUUGUUAUUGACACCCCCAUCAAGUACGACAAGUCAAUUCCGGAACUCUUGGCUGGUAUUCCUCGUACUGGAUCUACGGCCAAUUUCUCUUGGGCCGUCAUGAGGAAGGUCUAUGGGCAAGAAAAAGAGACAUUCGGAAAGACAUGGGACGAACUCAGGCAUCUGUUGCACGACGCCGACAUGGAAAAAGACAGUUAUGUGCCUGAUGCUCGUUGGGCAAUGAGGGCUUUGAUUGACCUUGCUCAUCGGGAUGACACUAGAGCUGAAGAAUUUGGUAAGGGCGAGCUACGGAUCGAUGAACAGAUAUCCCGGCUACAAGAGCAACUGGUGAUGGAGUACGACAAGGACGACGAAUCCGAUGAUGGUCAAAGUGUGAAAGACGUCGACUCACUCGAGACUCAGAUUGCUCACGUAGAGGCGAUGAAAGCAAUGACUGGUGAAGAGAAAAGAACUCGCUGA